AUGAUGCACGUGCUAUUACUUUUGUGUUGCCUGGUGGGUGUUUCCGUUGCAGCGCCGCUCGAUGCCCGACAAGCAGAGUUGAAGAACUUCACGUUCGAUGAAAUCAUCCCCAACCGAUUCGGUCUACGAGGAUUCAACGGGACCUGGCUGUCCGGUGAAGAAUUGUUGUACCGAGAGGGCACAACGGGGAACUAUGUCAAACUGAACGUAAACACCGGAACCACUGCGGUUUUGCUGUCCACUGACGAUUUGAGUCAAUGGUCUGGGCCAUCGGUACAAAUGAUCCGACCCGAUUUCACGAAAGCGUUGAUCCGUUACGACGUACGCACGGUAUUCCGGCACUCGUCACUUUCUAAAUAUGCUGUGUACGACACAACGACUGGCGACGUGUUCACCGUAGCCAAUCAGGAAGAAGUGUCCAUUUGCAUACUUUCGCCAACCGGGCAGAGUCUGGCGUAUGUGAAAGACAACAACGUGUACUACCGUGCGUCGCUCCUGGACAAUACGGAGAUCCCGCUGACCACUGAUGGGGUCCCCGGUAUCAUCUACAACGGGGUACCCGAUUGGGUGUACGAGGAGGAAGUCUUUGGGACGGAUGCCACGCUCUGGUUUUCUCCCGACGGUCAACGUUUGGCGAUGGCAAGCUUUGACGAUCAGCAGGUGAAGGAGUUUUCCUAUCACAUCUAUGGUAGCCCCGACGAUCCGGACAAUCAGUAUCCCGAGGAGCUGCGCAUACGCUAUCCGAAGGUAAACACUACCAAUCCCACAGUGUACUUGCGUGUGAAGGACUUAGCAACGAGUGGUUCGGCGUGGAUUGAUUUGCCGGCACCGGUCAACCUGGUGACCGAAGACCACGUGCUGGGCACGGUAAACUGGGCCUCCAACGGCGUGCUGGGUGUUAUCUGGACUAACCGCAGGCAGAACGUUGCCACGUUCCAAAAAUGUAAUGCGGCCGACGGCCAAUGCAUGGAAGUGGUGCACUUCGAUAGACCGAAGGGUUGGUAUGAUCUGUACACACCCGUGUGCUACGCCAACGGUGAGCGUUGCUUUUUGAUGGGCGAAAAUAAUGGCUGGCGGUCCGUGAUUGAAGUGAUAGGACAGGGCCCACCGACCCCACGUACCAGGGAACGCUACACGGUGUCUUCCAUCAACGGAUACGAUGAGGCAACGCAGGCCAUUUUCUACACCGCAGUUCCUGCCGACGCCCCUCAUCACAGACACGUGUUCCGAAACGACGAGUGUCUAACGUGCGACUUGAAGGACGGCGACACUUUGUGUAACUUUGCCAGCAUCGCUUUCAGUACCGAUCGAUCGUAUAUGGCGGUCACUUGCUCUGGGCCGACACCGUCGUACACACAAAUCUACCGUACCAGCGAUCGCACAUUGGUGCUAGACUGGGAGUGGAACCUGGAACGACGGGAACAGCUGCAGGAGUACAAGCAAGUUGGCGUUCGCUUCCUCCGGGUGCCGGUGGGAGACGCAGGCUUUGAGGCGUCGGUCCGGCUGUACCUGCCACCGGAAAUCGAUUUCGACGCUCCAAACACGGACACCAAGUACCCCAUGGUGGUGAACGUUUACGCCGGUCCGAAUUCGGUGGGUGUGACGAACAGUUUCAGCAUCGGGUUUGCCCACUAUAUGGCAACCACGAAAAAGACGAUCUACGCCCAGAUUGACGGACGCGGCACGGGCAAUCAGGGGUAUGAUUUUCUCUUCUCCAUCAACAAUCAACUCGGCACCUACGAGAUGGACGAUCAGAUCGCAGUGGCGCACUAUCUUCAGCAGACGUAUGGGUUCAUCGAUUCGGCGAAGAUCGGCAUCUGGGGAUCGAGCUACGGAGGGUACGCCACUGCCAUGACGCUGGAGAAAGACCAUCAGCGGGUGUUCCGAUGCGGGAUAUCGGUAGCACCGGUAACUUCGUGGAUGUUCUAUGACUCCAUUUAUACUGAGCGCUACAUGGGACUUCCGGAGGCGAACCGCGGAGGGUACGUGCGAAGCGAUAUCAGCGGGUUUACGGACGAACUGAAAAACCAUCUCUUCUUGCUGAUUCACGGUACCGCCGAUGAUAAUGUUCACUAUCAGCAGUCAAUGGUUUUUAUGCGCGCCCUUCUGGAUCACGACGUCGACUUCGAACAGAUGAGUUAUCCCGAUGAGGCUCAUUCAUUGUCCGGCGUCCAGAAACACCUGUACCACACCAUGGAUCACUUCUGGGACGAAUGCUUUGCGUAG